AUGCCAGCAUUGUGGAGUCUACUGCCACUGCUGCUAUGUGGCGUCCAAGGAAUACUGGGGCAGGAUGUGGCCACAAACCGGAGUGAAUUCCCCAUAGAGCCCCGAAUCGUGGGCGGAACCAAGGCGAAGGAGGGUCAAUUUCCCUACCAGAUCUCGCUGCGCCUCCGUGGAGAGCACUACUGCGGUGGAGUCAUCAUCUCAGCCACCCACGUCAUCACCGCCGGCCACUGUGUGAAGCACGGGGAUGUCGUAGUUGCGGCGGAUCUAUGGUCGAUUCAGGCGGGCAGUCUGCUCCUCUCGAGCGGCGGCGUAAGGAUUCCGGUGGCCGAAGUCACCAUGCACCCGAACUAUGCCACAGGUGGCCACAACGACUUGGCCGUGCUCCGACUGCAGAGUCCGCUGACCUUUGACGCCAACAUAGCCGCCAUCCAGCUGGCCAGCGAGGAUCCGCCCAACUGCGCAUCCGUGGACAUCUCCGGUUGGGGCCAGAUCGCCGAGAAGGGACCACUCUCCGACAGCCUGCUGUACGUGCAGGUGACCAGCAUACCGAGGGGGGCCUGUCGCUGGCUGUUCUACUCCCCUUUGCCGGAAAGCAUGAUUUGCCUGCUGCAUCCCAAGAACAGGGGUGCCUGCUAUGGGGACUCCGGCGGACCGGCCACAUACGGGGGCAAGGUGGUGGGCCUGGCCAGCUUGCUGCUCGGCGGUGGCUGCGGCAGAGCGGCUCCUGAUGGCUACCUGAGGAUCUCCAAGGUGAGGGCCUGGAUCGCCGAGAAGGCGGGCCUGUAG